AAGGGCUCCGGGAGACAAGCGUUUACCCAUAUCCGGGUUGGAGAAGAGGAAAAAAGUUUCAUUUAAACCUGGACGACAAACUUCAGCAUGAAGCCUCACUGACAGCGCCAAAGCCGCGGCUGUCAGCAAGUCAUUCCACCGCCGAUUUUUACAAGCAUUACAGCGCUAUAACAUAGCUUCGUUUUUACACUGAAUGUUUUUUUUCUGCUUGUGUUUUUCCUCUGUCAGUAUUUUUUGUGUGAUAGUAUUCUGUGCGUGUGUCAGUGUCCCUGUCUAAAAUGUUCAAGUGACAAUGGCUACGCAAGUGGCAUCAACACCGACAAGAACUAAUAAUAAGAAUAAAAAAUUGUCUGGCAAUUUGGGUCAAGAGCUAAAUUCGGGGAAAUCGGGAAGAGGAAAUAUAUCGAGAUCUGGAGAAAUGCUUGGAGCUGGUGAUGGGACUAACACAAUGAAUAAUGUUGACCACCACCACCGAAAUGAGCUCAACAUGGUCAAUUCAACUUAUUCUCCGAUUAACAAUUCUGACACACCGGAGAAGGAGAGUGGAAAUAACAUCACUUCAUCAGAUUCGACGACCUCUCCGGGGGGGAUGGAAACCGGGUUGAUAGCGAACCAUAAACUGAAAAAUGUUGGGAGCGGAGAUCCCCCUCAGCACCUCACACCGCCGCAACAGCAGUCACAAUUUAACCCGUUUCCUCAGCAUCAGCAGCGCCAGAUACAAAGUAACAACAUCAACAACAACAACAGCCAAGCGACAAGGGGAGAGAGUAAGAAUCACCACCACCGAGGGAAGGAGGGUGUUUUGGGUAGCCAGCCAGAGCAGCAGAUGCUAAGUAAAGGUGAGGGGGAUCAUACCUGUAAACCAGGGGAGCGGAUGGGCGCAAGGAAUGAACAUUCCAACUUGGGACCAACGACCAACAACAUCAUCAACCAGCCCCAGAGCUCGGGAGGAAACAGCGAGUUUAAUAACUACUAUGGCACUUCCAGAGUAGGGCCCUCCUAUGAUCAAUAUGGCGGACAACAAAGCACUGGGAUGGGGGUGAUGCACUCCUCUGGACCCAACAACAUGGACCCAGUGCACAACUCCCAAGAAGGGUACCACAACAGCCACUACAACCACUACUCUAGCUACCCGCAGGGCUACGGUGGCGCGGGCUAUGGCAUGAUGGCCCCGUCCAGACAGGGCAGUAACAUGAUGAUUGGCCCUGGCAGCAACACUCCAGCUGGCCAUGUCAAGGCUGCUAUGGGAGCUGCUGCCUGCGGUUCUGGUGGAAGUGUUGGGGGCUUUCAGAGAUUCCCAGGACAGAGUCAGCAUCCUACCGGGGCCACCCCGACUCUAAACCAACUGCUUACGUCUCCAAGUCCAAUGAUGCGAGGUUAUGGCAGUGGCUAUCAAGACUAUAACAGUCCCUCUGCACAACAACAAGAUGGCAUAGGCCGGGGCAAAGACAUGACUUCUCAGUAUGGCUCCACAACCCAUGGCUGGCCAGGGCAACAGAGAAAUCACCCGUCCAUGAGUCCUGGAAACGGAGGGCAAGGUAUCAGCAGACCACAGGUGGCCUCUAUGGACUUCAUGGCUAUGAAGCGCUCCCAGCUCUACGGGAUGGGCAACAACCCCUACUCUCAGCAGCAGCAGGGCGGGCCCUACCCCAGCCAGCCAUACGGAUCACCCACUCCACACCGAUACCCAAUGGGGAUGCAGGGGAGGGGCCAGGUGGGUAUUGGCGGGAUGCAGUACCCUCAACAGCAGCAGGUUCCCCCCCAGUACGGCCAGCAGGGUAUAGGAGGAUACAGCCAGCAGCAGCAGCAGGGAACGCCCCCGGGACCCUACUUCAGCCCCCCCCAUCAGAACCCCACCGCCCCCCCUUCACAGCCCCCCUACCUGCCACCCCACGCCCCACCUCAGCAGGAGGCUCCUCAGGAGAGCUACAGAGGCAGCACCAGGAGUCAGCAGCAGGCCCCAGGGAAUUCUGGGAAGGCCAACCAUGAGGACAUGGGUCUGAUCCCGCAGGACCGCCCCUCCAGCCUCCCGGACCUGUCUGGCUCCAUAGAUGACCUCCCUACAGGUACAGAGGCUGGUCACAGUUCAGACAUCAGUGCUACAGGCUCCACCAGUAGCCAGGGGGAGCAGAGUAACCCAGCCCAGUCACCCUUCUCACCCCACGCGUCACCCCACCUGUCUGGUCAGGGCAGCGGCCCAUCAUCCUCUCCUGUUGGGUCCCCUGUGGGCUCCAACCAAUCACGUUCCGGCUCUGGCCCCAUCUCCCCAGUCAGCGGCCCAACCACAGCACCAGGUUCCCAGAUGGCUCCCCAGACUCCUGGCAACAUGUUGGAUGUCCCCCACCCCCCCUUAACCCAGUCCCCCAUGCCUCAGGAGAGGGGCUUUAUUUCCAACAUGCAGAGAAACCAGUCUGGCUCCCAGUUUGCACCACCACCUCAGUCAGGGCCCUCCAUGUCCCCUCACCCCUCUCCUGGUCCUGGGGGACAGAUGUACCCAGGGAUGGGGCCCGCGCCCUACCCACAUGGUGGCCCCUACAGACCUCAGGGAUCCCAGGCAAACCAGUAUGGACCCCAAGGAAACUACCCACGUCCACCCAACUACGGCGGGACCCCCAGUGCCAACUACAGCAGCCCCGGGCCCGGCCCUGGCAUGACCAGCAGCCAGGGUUUGAAUGCCAGCAGCCCCAUGCACGGCCAGGGUCCCGGGCAGCCCAUGGGCCGCAGUCCUGGUGCGGGCAGCCGCCCCUACCACAACAUGGCCCCCAGUUCCCCCAGUAUGCCCCAGCCAGCCGGCCCUGGGAUGGGCCCUCCUUCACUGGGCAAUGUCAACCGCAAGGCCCAGGAGGCAGCCGCCGCCGUCAUGCAGGCCGCAGCUAACUCUGUACAGGGCAGACAGGGCAGCUACCCAGGCCCUGGCAUGAACCUGAUGGGAACAGCAGGCUCUGGAGCCCCCUACAACCAGUCACCAGGCAACAACUCAGGCAUGGGCAAUCCACAGGGUCCGCCCUACAACAUGCCACCCUCAGGGGCCAUGGGGAUGGCUGUGAGUGGGAUGAUGACUCCUGAUGGGAAGCAGAAAACAGAUGGCAAAGAGGAGAACAUGCCCACCAAUGAACUUCCAAAACACAAGGAUGGGUACAGUGUAUCCCACUGUAUCUCCCAGCCCACCACCCCUGGUGCCAUGCCUGUCCCCUCUCCCCUGUCCCCCAGCCCAGCCAGCCUGUCCUCCUACCAUGGCGAUGACAGUGACAGCAUCAGUAGCCCCGUCUGGCCAAAGACUCCCUCCAGCCCUAAGCUGAACUCGUCCACCAUGACAAACGAGCUAAUCACUCGUCUGUAUGAUAUGGGUGAGGAGCCGGAGAGGCGUGGCUGGGUGGACCGGUACCUGUCCUUCAUGGAGGAGAGGGGUACACCUGUCCCCCACCUUCCCGCAGUGGGCAAGAAACCCCUGGACCUCUGCAGACUCUACAUGGCUGUCAGGGAGAUAGGGGGCCUGGCCAUGGUGAACAAGAACAAGAAGUGGCGUGAGCUGUCCACCAGCCUGAGUGUUGGUACCUCCAGUAGCUCAGCCAGCUGUCUGAAGAAGCAGUACAUCCAGUACCUGUUUGCCUAUGAGUGUAAGGUGGAGCGAGGAGAGGACCAGCCGGCCGACAGCAACACUGGGACUGGGGGGGACAACAGGAAGCAGGCCAAGGUGCAGCCGCCCUCUCCUGCUAACUCAGGGUCUCUUCAGGGUCCCCAGACCCCCCAGUCAUCAGGCAGCAGCUCCAUGGCAGAGAUGUCAGGUGACCUGAAGCCCCUCACCCCAGCCACCACCCCCCAGGGACAGGGACAGGUCACCCCCAUCCCAGCCAGCAGGAGCAGUGUGGUGAGUGUGCAGGACCCGUUCUCAGAGGUGAGCGACCCGGCCUUCCAGAAGCGUAACUCUCUCCCCCUGGGGGGCUCUGGGGGUGCGUACCAGCAGGGGGUCAACAUGCCCCCUGACAUGAUGAUGAGGAUGCAGUACGAGAAGGACCCCUUCGCUGGCAUGAGAAAGGUGGCAGGAGGUGAGCCCUACAUGCCAGGCCAGAUGCCCAGUGGUGGCAUGCAGGAGAUGUACGGCAGGCCUCCAUCAGCCAUGGGCCAGCGCUCCCAGUACCCAUAUGGACCAUGCUACGACAGGAGACCAGACCAUGUGAUGGGGAUGGAAGGGACCAUGGGCCCCCCCGGGAACCAGAGCAACAUGGGACCGUCCAACAGCGAGGGCAGCAUAUACUCUCCCAACAGAUACCCCUCCCAGCAGAGACACGAAGGCUAUGGGCAACAGUACCCUGGCAUGCCAUAUGGAAUACACCCCUCAGGGAUGUACCCUCAACAACAGGGCUACAAGCGCCCCAUGGAGGGCAUGUACGGGUCCCCAGGCAAGAGACAUGAGGGGGAGAUGUACGGCCCCCCAGCAAAGAGACACGAGGGGGAGAUGUAUGCCAUGCAGUAUAGGGGCCAGCAGCCUGACAUGUACAACCAGUACACCACUGGUUACUCUGGGCCUGAGAGAAGGCCCAUGCAGGGCCAGUUCCCCUACCAUUCCCCCUACAGCCGGGAGCGCAUGCAGGCCUCUAGCCAGGGUCAGCACCCCCAGCACUCCAUGGGCCCCCAGAUGAUGUCCGGGGGGCCACCCGCCAACAACGGAGUGGAAGGACCCCAGGGGCCCAACAUGUGGCCCUCCAGGACAGACAUGGGUUAUCCCUACCCCAACAGACAGGGGGCACCCUCCCAGGUACAGCCAUAUGGUCCUAUGGGGAGAGGAGAUGAUUUGGAGGGCCGACCCAUCCAGGAUGGUCAGUGGCUCGGACACGGAGGCCAUCGCCAGUCCUCCUACAUGACAGGUGGUAUGACCCCAAUGUCCUCCCGCCAGCCCCCCUCUGCCUACCAGACCUCCCCCUCCAUGGCCAACCACCUACCCCGAGCCCCCAGUCCCGGCUCCUUCCAGCGCUCCAUGGAGGCACGCAUGUCCCCCAACAAAGCUGUCUUUAUGGGCUCCAUGAAGAUGCCGGGCAAACCGGGCAUGCCCAUGCCAGGGCAGGGUAAUGGGCACCCAAGCCAGGUCACACCUAACCUGCUGAGAGAUCUCAACUACCCUCUAGGAUCUGUAGAGGCCACCAUGCCCCUUUUCAAGCCACGUCGCAAAAUUACCUCAAAGGACACUGGAACCCCAGAGGCGUGGCGAGUGAUGAUGUCUCUGAAGUCAGGUCUGCUGGGUGAGAGUACCUGGGCCCUGGACACCAUCAACAUCCUGCUGUAUGACGACAGCACUGUGGCCUCCUUCACCCUCACACAGUUGCCUGGCUUCCUGGAGCUGAUAGUGGAGUACUUCAGACGCUGUGUGAUGGAGAUCUUUGGCAUCCUGGAGGAGUAUGAGAUAGGGACCAUCGGCCAAAAGAGCCUCCUUGGGGCUGAAGCCUGUGACCAGGGGGAGGAGCUGACUGAACCUGAGAUCGACUGUGAGGACAGCCAACCAGAGCCUGAGCAUGAACAGGAGAUGGAGAGGGGGGAGGUGGAGAGGGGGGAGGUGGAGAAGGGGGAGGAGAAACCUGCUGACAUCACAAAGAAAAUGACAGUGGAGGUGAUGUCACCCCCCAGUGCAACGGAACCAGCCCCUGAGGGAAUGAAGGAGGAAUCUGAAGCCGAGGUGAAGAAGGAAGAGGGGGAGAAAGAAGAGGAUGGAGAGAAAGAAGAGGGGAAAGAGAAAGAGAAAGAGGAAGAGGAAGAGGAGAGUGAAAAGCCAACCGAGAGUAAGGAAGCCUCAGCUGAGAGUAAGGAAGACUCUCCUUAUCAGCCUCCUUCAGAGCCCGAGCCAAGGCCACAACAGGCCAGCAAGUACGACAAAUUCCCCAUCAAGAUCCUGCACAAAGAGGACCUGAUUGAGGACAUGACCGAGCAGCUGGGUCACGUGACAGAGUUCACUAGCGGACUGCUCCACUGGCAGGCAGGCGGGGGGGAUUCCACUGUCCACAUCCAGACCCACUUUGAGCGCAGGGGAGAGCACCCUGACAUGACGGAGGGAGAGAGAGAGAAAUGUGCCAGUCUCAAUAAAGAUCAGGACACAGAGGAGGGGGGAAAGCAGACGGAGAAGGGUAUCACUGCCACCAUCGAUGAUAUACUGUGUGCCCGGUUAGGGGCUUUGUCAGAGGGCCACCCCACCCACUCUGCCCCCACCUACCCCUUCAGGCUGCACCAGGGAGGGGGCCACCAGCACAUCACCCUGCUAGAGGACGAGCCCCGCUGUCUGGACGAGGCUCCCCUCUCCACGGCCUCCCACUGGCAGGACUCCCUGGCCAAACGCUGCCUCUGUGUGUCCAACAUCAUCCGCAGCCUCUCCUUCAUCCCUGGGAAUGACUCAGACAUGUCCCGUCACCCAGGCCUGGUGCUGAUCCUGGGCAGACUGCUGCUGCUCCACCACCAGCACCCAGAGAGGAAGAGGACGCCCCCUAGCUACCAGAGAGAGGAGGUGCAGGAGCGGGGCCUGGCCUGCAGUAAGGACGAGUGGUGGUGGAACUGUCUCACUACACUCAGGGAGAACACCUUGGUCACUCUGGCUAACAUCUCUGGCCAGCUGGACCUGUCCCUCUACCCUGAGACCAUCUGCCUGCCCAUCCUGGACGGCCUGCUCCACUGGAUGGUGUGCCCUUCUGCCGAGGCCCAGGACCCCUUCCCCUCAGCCACCCCCCACUCGCCCCUCACCCCCCAGAGACUGGUGCUGGAGUGCCUGUGCAAGCUGAGCAUUCAGGACAACAACGUGGACCUGCUGCUGGCCACGCCGCCCUUCAGCCGCCAGGAGAAGCUCUACGCCAUCCUGGUGCGUUACGUGGGACAGCGUAAGAACCAGGUGUACCGCGAGAUGGCCGUGGCCACCCUAUCCAACCUGGCACAGGGGGACUCUACGGCAGCACGCGCCAUCGCCGUACAGAAGAGCAGCGUGGGUAACCUGAUGGGCUUCCUGGAGGAUGGGGUGAGCAUAGCCCAGUACCAGCAGAACCCCCACAGCCUGCUGCACAUGGUCCACCAUCCACCCAUGGAGCCUCCCAGCGUUAACAUGAUGUGUCGGGCUGCCAAUGCUCUGCUGGCUAUGGCCAAGGUGGAGGAGAACAGGCCAGAGUUUGUCCUGUACGAGGGCCGACUCCUGGACAUCUCCAUCUCCUCUGUGCUCAACCAGGGGGUGGCCAGCAUCAUAUCUGAAGUACUCUUUCAGUUUGUAAAAAAAUUAUGACAGGAGGAUAGACGGACCUGAGCCAAGAGAUGGACAGAGAGACGAUGAGAGGAAAACGUUAUUCUGUGGUUUUAUAUUUUUAUUUAAAUGAAAUGGAAGAUCUUUUUUUUUUUAUAUAUAUAUAUAUUAACAUUAUAUAAAUAUAUAUAGCUCCUCUUCCCCCAUGAACGCUUUGGUUUUGGGAUUUGAAAGAUGAUUUUAAUACUGAUAUUGAAUACCUGCUGUUGUUUAAAUGUAUAUUGUUUAUAUACACAUUUUUCCUUUGUUUUAUUUUGUUUGAUCAAAGCUGGUGCCAGAUUUAGGAGAGGAUUCUUUCAUUUCAUUUUUCUCUUUUGAAAUGUUUUGGAAUUGUAUAAAUGUUUAUAUCUGUAUUGACCGUAUGUGGUUUGUUUUGUUUACAAAGAUCAUAUUUAUUUAAAUUGUGAAAAAUAUUGUAGAUAAAACUUAACUUGCCACACUUUCAGAAAAAGAGAACACUGAUUUUACACAAACAUGUAAAUGUUUCCAUUGCUGGAGAAAUUGUGCAAUAGGCGUAGUGCAAGUUGUCGGUUCAUGGCACUUGCAAUAUGCGAUUUUGACCAUGGGUAGGCAGUGUUGCAUCAGCCAAUCAGAAUAAUUUGAAAAUAUUGUCCUCAUUUUAACAGUGUCAAAUGUUUGACUUGCUUCAUUGUUGUCAAUCAUUGCUACUACAUCUGGGAGUCAACUUUCACAAAGGAACCGUAUCUUAAGCCCUUGUAUUGCAUUUGUUUCAUUUGCUUUUUAACCCAAGUUGGCACUAUGUACUGUAUAUAGACUGUUGUACAUUGGAACCACCUUCACUUUUCUUUGAGUUUUGGUUGACUCUCUACAUUCACUAUCAAAAAAAGUUUCUGAUUAUUACAACUACUUUUUAUUAUUGGUGAGAUUUGUUAUUGUUAUUAUACAUAUUUUGUUAUUGGGGUCAAAUAUUUGAACCUGGAGGUUGUGUAGGUCUCUGUAUGUAUAAUGUUCCUGUACGCAUUGUACUAUAGCUUCAAGCUGAUCAAAACAAUAUUUGGUGAUCAAAUGUGGAAGUGCCAGGGUCAGGGACAACUAGCUGAGGUUACAGAACUUGUGAAUAUAUUUCUUUUAUUUUAUGUCCUCCAUUCAUGUAAAUGGGUAUAUUUUUGAGCCAAGACAAUGUAGUUCAAAAAUAAAACUCAGAAAAGAACCCACAACACACAAAAUAUUUGACAACUCAUUGUACAUUCUGCUUUUUUUCAUCUGACUUAAUGACUAUCUUUGACUUGAUAUACAUCUUUAUACUCUAUGUUCCACAUGUUAUGAAUAAAAUGUACAUUGACUAUUUGA